AUGCCGCUCGACACAGUCUAUCUAACCCGUCACGGCCAUCGCCUCAAUUGGACAAUAGACCACAAAACCGGCACAUACAGCUGCCAGUUCUCAACACCCACGGGUAACCCGUCCGACCCAGCGCUAACAUCCCAUGGCGUUCGACAGUCGCACGAGCUCGCGGCGCAUAUCAUUAGCGGGGACGUAGCGCCCAAGCCGUUCCGGGUAUAUUCGAGUCCUUUCUGGAGAUGUUUACAAACUAUUGAGCCGGCUGUGAAGGCAUUAAAGAAGGAGAAAGACGAGAAAGGGGGCACAGGAGGCAUAGAUGCUAAUGCGGAGUUUGAAAUUAGGGUUGAGAACGGGCUUGGUGAAUGGUUCGGCUCAACAACCUUCUUCCACCACCCCACCCCGCCGACCCUCACAACCCUCCUCUCAACUUUAAACCCCCACAACGAGGAAGAACCGCCAUUCACCCUAAACACUACCCGCGACAUUCCCCUCCUCUACACCUCCACACGGGGCGAAUCAAUCCCGCAACUACACAACCGCCUCGCAACCGCGCUGGCAGGGAUAAUCCGCGAAGUGGACGCCGAAAUUGCCGAGCUAGAGGCCUCUUUACCGGCCGAGCAGAGGACCAGCAAGGCCAUUCUAAUCUGCUCGCAUGCGGCACCGUUGAUUGCCAUUGGGCGCGUGCUGACGGGGCAUAUGCCGGGGGAUUCGAGCGAGGAAGAUUUCUAUGUGUUUACGGCGGGACUGAGUACGUUCCGGCGGAGGGGAGAUUGGUCCAACUCUGGGCUUGAGUCUGCUGUGAAGAAGAGGAGGGAUGGCGCGCUGGCGGGGGGGACGAGAAUUACUGAUCCGAGGGCGACAGUCGUACCGCAGUGGGAAGGAGGAAAGGGGGUGGGAGGUGGUUGGAAUUGCGUGAAGAAUGGCGAUUGUAGUUUUUUGAGCGGUGGUGCGGAACGAGGUUGGCAUUUCAACGGAGAGGAGUCCUUUGAUACUGGGCCGAUGGCGGACACAGCGAGUUCGGCGGAGGGUGAAAUGAGAUUGGGAACCAAGUUAUAG